AUGGAAGUGGUUGUCGUAGCAGAGGAGGUGAAUCGUCCGGCAAAGGUUGUGGACGAUGUGAAAGAGACGCCAGAGAACGGGAUCGGCCUGGUGAUCCCCAGCAACAGGAUCCAGGUUUCCAGCGGCAAGAAGCCCGUACGCUUCUACGUCAACCUCGCCAAGGUGUACUCUGAUCCCGUUCGGUUCUCUGGAUCUGACUGGAGAAGACUUCUUCGAUUUUCUUGUCUUUCGUCUUUCUCGCUUCGUCCUCUUGAUUUCAGUUACCGACUGGUCGGCGGUCUUCUGAGAAUUUCGUGGAAAUCAUUUUUGAAUUGCUGAUUCCCUUGGUGUCUGAUUUUACAGAGGAUCAUCCAUCAGCACAACGAGGUCGUGCUCUCCGCUCUGGGGAAGGGUAGGGAUGUAUUCCUAUUUUCCUUCCAUUUUUACCUAUCUUGGUACACUGGAAUAUGGCAGCUCUUCCCUCGAAUUUGUCUUCCAUUUCGUGUCUAGAUCUUUCUCUUUUGGUUCUUUUGGCUUUUCCCGGGACCUGCAUUACGUUUAAUGGUAAUUAUAACUUCCAUUUUCGUCGAAUGCGCGCUGUGAAUAGGCUAAAUCAAGGUUGAGUAGUAUGGUUAGUUUUUCUUGCUGUUGCAUUAUUCUUGUCUGUAUGGUUUGUUUAAACAGCAAUGAAUAUGUCUACGAAUGGGAAGGGAUGUGUAGCUAGUAUUUUAGGUUGAAGAGAUAAAUGUGAGUACAUUACCAUACGUCCUGGUUUGAUUAUUUAUGUGAAGCCCGGCUUAUGUUAAUCACAAUCCUAAUGGAUUCCAUGUGACCUUGAACUCAGCAAUUGGAACAGUCGUCAGCAUCUCUGAAAUCUUGAAAGCUACUGGCUGGGCCACGGAGAAGAGUAAGAACAGAAGAAGACUUUUACAUAACCUUCCAAGAAGCAGGGAUCUGCAAUUUCUUAACCAUUUUGUAAUUUUUUUUUUAACUUUUUUUCUGAUCAGAGAUCUCGACAUCAACCAUCGAAUCGAAAGAUGAGAAUAGGGGCCGCCUCAUCCACAAAGCCAAGGUGAGUACGCAUUCUGCGCAUGAUGAAAACUUCUUUUGUUGUCAAAUUGUUAUUACCUCUGGCUCUCUUUGUUUCCACAGCUUGAGAUUCUACUGGGGAAGGCAGAACACUUUGAUGAUCUGAUGGGGGCUGGUAGACAUGCGGAGCCGUCAGAAGUUCAGAAAAACUGA